UUUGUAUAGAGCCUGUGGGCCAGAUGUUCCUGCCCCUGACUUAGAGGGUGGGAAUGCUUGUUACAAGUAUGGCUCCAGGACCCCCACCCCAGACUUAUGAACCAGAUACUGGGGGUGAGCCAGGGGGCUUGCAUUUCUUACCAGAUUUCUGAUGAUGCUUACGUAUGAUAUAGCGUAGUAUGGCGCUUUGAGAAGCAGUGCCUUAGUGCUGUAUACUCACACGAAUCCCAGACAUUUCUUAUUCGUUCCUGAAUGCCGAACAGCCUGAGCCCCUUAGCAUUAGCAAUUGGACAUUGGGUUGGUGAUUUCCUCUCUCCAGUGGGAAUAUCAAUGUCUGCUUGCAUCGAGCUACAAAUGUGUCCCAUGGUUGUUCUCAAGGUCCCCCUUGAGGAGGGGGGCCCAUGCAGAGUGAGAAAGAGAAGGAAGUUGUACCUUCCCGCAGCUCCAUGGGCAGCCUCCUGGAUGGAAGGCUGCCCCUCACAGCCCUUAUUGGCAGAACCGCCCUUCGCCCUCCAGGAGGACCCCCUGCCGCUGGCUUUUUACAUCCAAGAUGCGGAGAUUGUCUCCUCCCUGGGGAAGACGCUGGAAUCCCAGGCUCUGGAGACCGAGAAAGUCCUGGACAUCAUCUAUCAGCCCCAGGCUGUCUUCAGGGUUCGCGCUGUGACCCGCUGCACCAGCUCCUUGGAGGGUCACAGCGAGGCGGUCAUUUCUGUGGCUUUCAGCCCCACGGGGAAGUACUUGGCCAGCGGCUCCGGAGACACCACCGUGCGCUUCUGGGACCUCAGCACCGAGACGCCACACUUCAUGUGCAGGGGACACAGACACUGGGUCCUUAGCAUCUCCUGGUCCCCAGACGGCAAGAAGCUGGCCUCCGGCUGCAAGAAUGGCCAGAUUCUCCUCUGGGACCCGAGCACAGGGAAGCAGGAGGGCAGGCCCCUCGCCGGCCACAGCAAGUGGAUCACGGGCCUGUGCUGGGAGCCCCUCCACGUGAACCCCGAGUGCCGCUACUUGGCCAGCAGCUCCAAGGAUGGCAGCGUGCGGGUGUGGGACACAACCGGGGGCCGCUGUGAGCACAUCCUCACCGGGCACACCCAGUCGGUGACCUGCCUGCGGUGGGGAGGGGACGGGCUUCUCUACUCUGCCUCUCAGGACCGAACCAUCAAAGUCUGGCGAGCUCGCGAUGGUGUGCUCUGCCGGACGCUGCAAGGCCACGGCCACUGGGUGAACACCAUGGCCCUCAGCACUGACUAUGCUCUGCGCACUGGGGCCUUUGAGCCUGCUGAGGCCACAGUUAACGCCCAAGACCUACGGGGGUCCUUGCAGGAGCUGAAAGAGCGGGCCCUGGGCCGCUACAACCUCGUGCGGGGCCAGGGCCCCGAGAGGCUGGUGUCUGGCUCAGACGACUUCACCCUCUUCCUGUGGUCCCCAGCAGAGGACAAGAAGCCCCUCGCGCGGAUGACGGGACACCAGGCCCUCAUCAACCAGGUCCUCUUCUCGCCCGACUCCCGCCUCGUCGCCAGCGCCUCCUUCGACAAGUCCAUCAAGCUGUGGGACGGCCGGACUGGCAAGUACCUGGCUUCCCUGCGGGGCCAUGUGGCUGCCGUGUACCAGAUUGCGUGGUCGGCUGACAGCCGGCUCUUGGUCAGUGGCAGCAGUGACAGCACACUCAAGGUAUGGGAUGUGAAGGCCCAGAAGUUGGCCACAGACCUGCCUGGCCAUGCCGAUGAGGUCUACGCUGUUGACUGGAGUCCAGAUGGCCAGAGAGUAGCCAGUGGUGGGAAGGACAAGUGCCUCCGGAUAUGGAGGCGAUGAAGCCCAACAGUUCCUCUGACCUGCACCUGCCUACCCUGGCUGUUCAUACGCCUUUGUCCCCGAGAGAACGAGGUGCCCUGCUGUUCCGGACAAGCCCCAGUGGGGACGGACACCCACAGCGCCCAGCCUGGACUGCCCAGAGCCCUGGGAGUUUGUCACUGAGCUCAGCUCCCACCAUCACCUGCAGUACCGCUGGUGGUGGGCAGGAGGCGCUGGCAGCAUGGCUGGCUGGACCUCCUUUCUCACGAGUGCUUUAGCGGUGGAGCCCAGAUUCUGGACGAAAUAAAUAAUUUAUAUUUUGUA